GGGCCAGGGCUGUGGGGACAGUGGUGUUCCCUGGGUCUGGCAGGGAGGUGACACACACAGCUUCUCUGUGCAUCCUUCAGGGACACAUCCCAGGCGUGCGGUCUGUGUGCCCCACUGUCUGGGCUGUGGUGGGAUAGAUGGGCAGGCCUGAGUAAACAUGUUCAGGUGGGACUCUGCUGUAGGCCCCCACGGAGGUGGGGGACUGGUGUGGGUGGAGGGGCCGAGGGGCCACAUCUGGUGGGAGGAAGUGGAGAGGAAGAGUGGGGAGGUUCCAGGACCAAGGACUCUGCAGGUGAGCAGCACACGCUUCUGUAUGGGUGCCAGGGCCACCAUGCCUGGGGACAGGAGAGCCAGCAGGUCAGGCGAGGCCCGGACACACAGCUCAGACCCCGACACCUCAGGCGAGGAUGGCCUUGGAGAGGUGUGAGUGGCUUUUGCACCACAGGACAUCAUGGGAAUUGCUGGAGAGGAGGCCAGGCCAGGGAGGGCCCCUGCAGGGGCUAAGCUCCUCCUUGGGAGCUGUGUUCUGGACCCCCUGACCUGGCCACACCUCCCGGAGUGGGGUUGGGGAUGAAGGGCCUGGUCACUGGCUCGGCCUGCGGUAGCCCAUGGAAAAUGUCACCAACACCAGGGCUCUUCCUGAGUGUCCGCCUGUGGGUUAAUCAUCCACCUGAAACCGGAAGGGGCUGGGCUGCGGUAUGGAGCGAGAUACAGAGGGUCCUUCUGAAGAUUUCCCCUAGGAACCCCUGGCCUCUGGUGGCCCCUGGGUCAGCCGAGUCUGGAGGGGACUGCAGGAGGCAAGACGCCAUGCAGCCGCAGCAGCUCCAUGCCUCUGAGGUCACGCCAAGCGGCUUCCGCCUGGCCUGGCCGCCCCUGCUGACCGCCGACUCAGGUUACUACGUGUUGGAAGUGGCGCUCAGCGCUGAGCCGGGAACCGCGCGUCGCGAGCAGCUGCCGGGGAACGCCACGGGCUGGGCCUGGGCCGGCCUCGAACCCGACACGGACUACGACGUGGCGCUGGUGCCCGAGUCCAACCUGCGCCUCGUGAGGCCGCAGCGCCUGCGGGUGCGCACGCUGCCGGGCGAGGCGGGUCCCGAGCGCAUCGUCAUCUCGCACGCCCGGCCGCGCAGCCUGCGCGUGAGCUGGGCCCCGGCGUUGGGCCCGGCCGCCGCCCUCGGCUACCACGUGCAGUUCGGGCCGCUGCGGAGCGGCGCGGCGCAGCGCGUGGACGUGCCGGCGGGCCGCAACAGCACCACGCUGCAGGGCCUGGCACCCGGCACCGCCUACCUGGUGACCGUGACGGCCGCCUUCCGCUCGGGCCGCGAGAGGGCGAUGUCGGCCAAGGCCUGCACGCCCGUCAGCGAGCGCAGCCGCGCCCCGCGGCCGCCGCCGCCCGGGGCCGGGGGGCCGGAGCCUUGAGCCGUUGCCCCGCCCGCGCAGGGCCCCCUUCUCCCGAACUCGGCGCGGGAGGCGCCCGCCGCCGUGACCAGGGCCUUGCCCUCGGCGACUCCGCGAGAUCCCCCGUCCUCUCCCCGCCCGGCGUCUCCAGCUCCCCGCCGGACCCUCCGCUGCCCGGCCCCUUAGCUGGGCCCUCGGCGGUGUCCUCGGGUAGAAGUUAGCGGGGGGGUGGACGGGAGCCUGGGGGAGGGUUGAGAACAACAGACCCAGACUGGAGGACAGGCUCCCCGCUGUGUGGAGGGCCGACACCCCUGUGGCAAGGGCUGGUAUCGCUUUGAGGGGGCUCGGUCCUGCUGGUCGCGGGGUCCCCAUGGCCACUCAGGUCCUGGAUGACGGUUGGUGGGGGCGGAGGGCAGGUGCUGGCUCUGGCCCCCGCCCGAGGAUUUCCUGAAGCGGACAGGAUCUGGCAGAAAUCGGGAAGGAGUGCUGGGAGGGUGACCGUGCUCAGUGGCAGGGCGGGUGGAAAGGCGGUCGUCACCUGAACGCCCAGCUGGCCCGGGGGUCAGUGCCUUCCUGCCCAGGACCCCGCUGGGCCCAGCUACAGCCACUGGGAUGCAGGUGACAUCUUUCUGGGGAACAGGGUGGGAGCUUGGCAUUCAGGGCCCCGGAGGCAGGAGAGCUCGCUCUGUGGGCCCCAGCGGUCGCAGGAGGCGCCCUUGCUUCGGGGUGGGGGGCUUCCAUGCUGGGGCCGGGGACAGUGUUUGCAGGCUGAGUCCAUCCCAGCGCUUCCUGCAGCGUCUUCUGACUGCAGCCCCACCAGGCACGGCCUCCGCCUGCACCAGCUCAGUGCUCACGCCGCCUCUUCCCCACUAACCUCCCAGACUCUAAAGUACAGUAAAUCAGAUGUAAGUCGA